AUGAUCUCAUCUGGAAUUCGAAACAUGAUCCAAUUAAUAUCCAUUUUAUUAUUGUUAAAUAUUGUAUUUGCUGUUUAUGAUACACAUUAUAAAUAUCAAUCGCUGCCUGAAUUAAAUAAUCCACGAUCUGUUGAUACUAAUUAUAAAUAUACUUGGUUUACAAGAGAAAUUCAUGAUGAUAUAAAUAGUGAUGAAAAAAAUACACCACAAGAACAACAAUUGUCUCCACAAAAAAUAUUUCGUAUGAAAAUGCUCAAAAAUAUUUUGGAUCGAAAAUAUCAAAAUAACUAUGAGUCUUUAUUGGAAUCAAAUGAAAAACUUUAA